AAGACUACUCUUCUUGCUCAAGACAAAACUACUGAUUGGAAACAAGAGGGAAACAACAAGGUCCAACCACACAUCCCCCUAAUAUUAUCCGAACACCUUCUCAAUAUUUUGUGGCUCUGCUUCCAUUUUUCCAACCCAUACACACCAAAACCCUACCCCCCAAUGCCAAAAUUCCCUUCACAAGCUUCAUAGCAAUACCUUUUUUUCCCAACUCAAAACCAUGAGCAAUGACUCAGUGGACAAGCUGGUCAUCUUCCUGGCAAAGAGGGAUGGCAUUGACAAGCUAGUCAAGACCUUCCAAUACCUCUCCAAGCUCUUCCACUGGCAUGCCGAGUCAACUCGACCCGGACUUGCCCAGCGCGCCAAGCAAUGGGAAGUGGCAUCCGGCCUCAGCCGGAAAGCCUUCCGGACCGGCCGGUUCCUCACCGGAUUCAAUGCCAUCCGGCGGAACCCGGGAUCCACGCCGACCUUCCGGUUUCUCUCCGUCCUUUCCAACGCAGGGGAGAUGGUCUACUUCUUCUUUGACCACUUUCUUUGGGUGUCGAGAAUUGGAGUCUUGGACCCACACUUGGCCAAGAAAAUGAGCUUCAUUUCGGCGUUUGGUGAGGCUUUUGGCUACAUAUUCUUCAUCAUCUCGGAUUUUAUUCUCAUCAGAGAGGGGAUUGAGGCAGAGAGAGAAAUUGUUGGUUCAACAGAAAAAUCAACAGAAGGAGACGAUAAAAUUGGGAAAAUAAGAGGAGAGAGAGUCAUGAGGUUGAUGGCAGUGGCUGCAAAUUUAGCAGAUUUGGUGAUUGCAGUGGCAGAUAUUGAACCAAACCCAUUUUGUAACCAUGCUGUGACUCUUGGAAUAAGUGGUUUGGUCUCUGCAUGGGCUGGUUGGUAUAGGAAUUGGCCUUCAUGAAGAAAAUCCGACGGAUCGAAAUGGAAAAGGAAAUUUCACAAAAAUUAAUAAUCUCUGUUUUGUCUACCAGAUCAAGAAGUAAAUGGAUGUUGUUUUGAUA